CCGCGAGAGAAGCUCCGCCGCCCUAGCCCGAUACCCUCCCACCCCGGCGCCUAUUCCGUAUUCCAUCACGUACCGUAUCUCUGGACCCUGGUCCACCACCCCGGUCUCACAGGCGGCGCUCGUGUGUAAAAUGAGCCUGGGCCCUGCCGUUCGCGCAUAAGCACAACUGACGACUCCAUUUUCCAGGAUCCCCCUCGCGAACCCAAGCAGUCACGAUUCAAGCUGCGCUGCAGCGACACCGCCUCGAGCUUGCAGCGCCUGCUGCCGUUCCUCGCACCCGGCCAAACCACCACUGCUGUUUCCCUCGAAAAUGGUCGUCGACGACGACAUGUACGGCACCGAAAAGAGCUUUGGCAGGGCGUCGCAGAACUCGGACUACUAUGGCGAGAGCUCAGAGCAUCGAGACGGGAUAGCCAUGAGGGUGCUGGACAGUUUCAGGCGCGACCCGAACUCGACCAUGCUGCCCAAGGGAGGCUCGGGAGUCGACGGGACCGCCUACGAUGUCGAACAAGCAGCAGCAAACACGGCAAGCUCACCACUGGCGCGCAAGCUGAAAGGCCGCCACUUGCAGAUGAUUGCCAUCGGUGGCUCCAUAGGUACCGGUCUUUUUGUCGGCUCCGGCCAAGCACUAGCGAACGGUGGGCCCGGUUCGCUUGUAAUAGCGUACUGCCUGGUCGGUAUCAUGUUGUACUGCACCGUCCACGCCCUGGGCGAGAUGGCAGUACUGUUUCCUGUUGCAGGUUCCUUCUCGGCCUACUCGACCCGCUUCAUCGAUCCGGCAUGGGGAUUCGCUAUGGGAUGGAACUACGCUCUGCAAUGGCUCGUCGUGUUACCGCUGGAGAUUGUCGCCGCUACCUUUACCAUCGAAUACUGGACCAAGGACAACCACGUCGUCGACAACAAUGUUUACGUCACCAUCUUCCUGAUUCUCAUCGUCGUCAUCAACCUGUUCGGUGUCAAAGGGUACGGUGAAGCUGAGUUUGUGUUCGCGAUUAUCAAGAUCACUGCCGUGAUCGGAUUCAUCAUCCUGGGCAUUAUCAUCAACAUCGGUGGCGGACCGAACGGUAGCUAUAUCGGCGGAAAGUACUGGCGAGACCCUGGUCCCUUCAACAACGGCUUCAAAGGACUUUGCAGCGUCUUCGUCAACGCAGCUUUCGCAUUCUCUGGAACCGAGCUAGUUGGUCUUGCUGCGGCAGAAACCGCAAAUCCCCGCAAAUCGUUGCCAACCGCCGUAAAGCAGGUGUUCUGGCGAAUCUCCCUGUUCUACAUUGUCUCACUCACAAUCGUCGGCCUGCUGGUAUCCUACGAGGAGCCCCGUCUCCUGCAAAACGAAAACGGCGCGAACGCUGUCGCCUCGCCCUUUGUCAUCGCCAUCCAGAAUGCCGGCAUUGAAGGUCUGCCCUCGGUUUUCAAUGCAGUCAUCAUGAUCGCCGUGCUCUCCGUCGGCAACUCCUCUAUAUACGGCUCAUCCCGUACCCUCGCUGCGCUGGCAGAACAACACCAAGCGCCAAGGAUUUUCGCCUACAUCGACCGUCAAGGCCGCCCCCUUGUCUCCAUUGCCUUCGCGCUUUCCAUCGGCCUCCUCGCCUACUUCGCCGGUGCGGAUGACAACCUACGGGAUGGUGUCUUCAACUGGCUCCUUGCUCUCUCUGCACUAUCAGCCGUCUUCACCUGGAUGUCCAUUUGUCUGGCGCAUAUCCGCUUCCGCAAGGGCUGGCGCGUUCAGGGCCACAGUCUGUCUGAACUCGCCUUCCGCUCACAACCGGGCUUGAUCGGCUCCUAUGUUGGUCUCAUCUUCAACGUACUGGUUCUUAUCGCCCAAUUCUGGGUUGCGUUUGCACCUUUCAAAUACGGCGAUCUGUCAACAUCACAACGGCUGCAGCGCUUCUUCAGCAUCUACCUCGCACUCCCUGUCACCGUUGCAUUCUACAUUCCCUACAAGCUCUACUAUCGCACCUCAGUUGUCAGGUCACAUAACAUGGACUUGCACACGGGCAUUCGCGAGCUGAACAUCGAAGCUCUAAUCCAGGAGGAGCGCGAAGAGCGAAAGAAGUGGCCUAAGUGGAAGAAGGUUUACAAGUUCCUCUGCUAACGACGUCUCACGUCGAGCGCUUCGGCGCAGUCUCGUCCUCGAUUUUGUUACUUGCAGCGUUUAUGCAUCACAUUUCUGUUUUACUGGGUGGAGUUGAUACCAGGCGGCAUGUCCGUUUUCCGGCAUUGCGCAGCCCUUGCACGUUUUAUGCUGUACGCUAUUACCCUCGGAGCAUUGGGGAAAAGUGUAGAUAGAGAGAGUCGACGAGAUGGGUGGACAGUUAAUGAACAAUGUCACAUACCUACUGAUC